AUGAAGAUUACCAACUUACCAUGCGAGAUUGUCGCGGAAAUUCUUGGCCAGCUCGACAAGAUACAGGACCUUAAAGCUCCUCUGCUAUCUUGUCGGUUGUUCUACAAUGCAUACACGCAACGGCCUCGUCUCGCCCAGCAAAUCGUUCGGAAACAGAUACCCACGCAGCUGCUACCAUAUGCAGUCGCAUUGAUCUAUGCACCGCGAGCUCGUAAAUUUGCACUUACGUUCAAUGCCCUCAACUUGACACCUGAGGAUGCAGAUACGUUGGUCUUCAGCUCCACGUUUGAAGGCGCUGUUGCAUCGACAAGAUAUUUCCAGAUAUUCUCGCCUCCUCACCUGUUGGCUAUGGAAGCAGCCCAUGAGCUCAUUGCCGAAUUCGCAUCCCAUUUUGCCGAAAAAGCCUGGACCGCCGUCUCGGACACAUUGAACGACACGACGUCCACGAAGUCGAUGCCGAGUCACCUGGAUCUAUCCCAGAAAGAGUGGCUCCGCUUCUGCCGGUGCUUUUAUCGAGUGGAGCUUUAUCAUGGCCUCUUCACCAUGUACGGUUCUGACGAAGCUAGGAAUGUCCAUAUGACUCAAGGGGAUGUGUCAUUAGAGUCAGGAGUUCGGUUCAAAAACAGAGGCCGAUUGAACCUUGAGGCAUGCAUGCUGGCUGAUCUUGCACUCUGGGAGGUCGAGCAGCUAGUUGCAGCGAUGGAGUAUCUGAGCGAUCGAUUCGUGGCAGCUGCAGCAGGAGCUUUAGCCAACGACGUUAUCGAGCAUCGGUACAUCAACACAGGCAAGCCUGAAUUAUAUACAUUGCUUAUUCCAAAGCUGACUGUCAAUCAGGUAUACCUUCGAAGUCUCGAAAAGAAGUCAUACGUUGAGAAGAGUGAUCUCUUACACAGCGAACCACGUAUGUUCCCAUCUUAUUUGUACCUAGAACUCUGGCUGCUGCAUCAUUUUCAUAAGAGCGAGGCUCGGUAUAAGACCAAGCUGGAUGCAUCAUGGCAAGAGCUGAACUUAUCGGAUAUCGACGGUGAUGGAGGACCUCGAAAGGCGCUGGAAUUUAUCGCGCCUCAUCAUGUGGUGCAAAUCGGAUUGGAAGGCCUCAGGGAGCGGGCAUACGUAUUUUGGGACCAAGAACGCUUGGAAAAGUACGACUUUUUCUCAGUAAUCUCAUCCAGCACCCCUUUCCGCGGCGUCAACAGCUGA